AUGAACGCGGGCCCCCUCAGCCCAGGCACCCGCCGGCGGCUUCUCCAGGGUCAGGCAGGCCUCCUCCCAGAGCCUCCAUCCAACAGUGUGGCCAUCUUCAUCAGCUCCACGGUCUCAGCCAUCCGCUCUCCCAAGCCAGUAGGGGCCAGCUGUGGCACUCCUGAGGUAGCCAUCCGCUCUCCCAAGCCAGUCGUCGAUCUGAGGUGGGGGAUUCAGCACGCACAGGCCACUGACCACAUGACCACGGAACUCUGCUUGGAGGAGCUGGAUCGGUGUCGGAAAACAUCCCUAGGGCCGGCUUUUGUUGCCCUCCUAGGUGACCAGUACGGCCCCUGUCCGGUCCCCACGCUGAUCGAGGAGAAGGAGUGGGAGGCACUGAAGGCCCAGCUGACCACCAGGCCAGGUGACCUGGAGCUGGUGGCUCACCACUUCCGGAGGGACGAGAACACUGUGCCCCCCAGCUACGUGCUGCAGGCCCUGGGCACCAGGGACACCCAUGCGCCGGAGGAGGCCACCCUGACCUCUGUGCUGCGCUGUGGAGCCCAGGAAGCCUGGAGGCUGGGCCUCAUCACCCAGGAGCAGUGGCAUCGCUACCAACGGUCAGUCAUCGAGUGGGAGAUAGAACGGGGUCUGCUGAGCUUGACAGAUGGGGAGCAGGGGGCCACUGUCUUCUUGAGGGAGAUCCAGGACCUGAACAGACACAUCCUGGAAGACUGUGCCCUGAAGCUGGUGGACCGGCUCGCAGACGGCUGCCUGGACACAGACGCCCAGAACCUUCUCAGCAGCCUCAAGGGGCGCAUCGCUGACAUGCAGCCGGGAGUCCUCAAGGCCCACCACCUGCCGUGGAGCCGAGACCUGGUGAACCCCAAAAAUAAGGCUCACGCCCGGUACCUGCAGGAGCUGGGGGAGCAGUUUGUGGCCAGGGCUAACCACCAGGUGCUCCAGCGCCUCCGGGAGCUGGAGGCGGGCCGGCAGGAACUGGCCUGGCUCUACCAGGAGAUCCGCCACCACCUGGGGCUGAGUGCCGAGGCCACCAGGACCUUCUGUGGGCGCCAGGAGCUCCUGGCCCGGGUGGGGCAGCGACUCCGGCAGAGUGACAAUCACCCCCACACGCCCCUGGUGCUUCUCGGACCCCCAGGCAUCGGGAAGACGGCUCUGAUGUGCAAGCUGGCGGAGCAGAUGCCGGGGCUGCUGGGCGGCAAGACGGUGACCGUCCUGCGGCUUCUGGGGACAUCACAGAUGAGCCGCGAUGCCCGCAGCCUGCUCCGGAGCAUCUGCUCCCAGGUGUGCCUGGCCUACGGGCUGCCCCUGCCUCCCGCCCAGGUCCUGGAGGCCCACAGCAGGGUGGUCCAGUUUUUCCACACCCUCCUGCACACCGUCUCCUGCCGAAACUUCGAGUCCCUUGUGAUCCUGCUGGACGCCGUGGAUGAUGUGGACUCCGCCCACCGUGGGAGGAGGGUCCCCUGGCUGCCUCCCAAGUGUCCCCCCAGGGUCCACCUCAUCUUCUCGGCCUGCUCAGGGCAGCGGGGAGUUUUAGACGCCGUGCAGCAGACGAUCAAGGACCCAGAGUCCUACUGGGAGGUGGGACCCCUCUCCAGCAGCCAAGGGCAAGAGAUGAUCCGGCUCCUGCUGGCGGCCUCCAGGAGGACGCUGAGCCCAGGGCAGAGGGAUCUGCUCUGGGCCGGCCUCCCGGAGUGCGGGCACCCCGGGCAGCUGAGGCUGGCCUUUGAGGAGGCCCGGAAAUGGGCGUCCUUCACCGUGCCCGCCCCUCUGGCCUCCACGGCUGAGGACAUGCUGCACGAGCUGUGUGCCCGGCUGGAGCAGACCCACGGGCAGCUCCUGGUGGCCCGAGUGCUGGGCUACAUUGUGUCUUCCCGCCACGGGCUCUCGGAGGCUGAGCUGAAGGACGUCCUGUCCCUGGAUGAUGAGGUCCUGCAGGCUGUGUACCAGGACUGGACCCCGCCCAGCAAGGAGCUGCUGCGUUUCCCACCCCUGCUGUGGGUGAGGCUCCGCCGUGACCUGGGCAACUGCUUGGCCAGGCGGCCUGUGGAUGGCUUCACACUCCUGGCCGUCGCCCACAGACAGCUGGCUGAGGUGGUCCGGGAACGCUACUUGUCGGGGCCCGAGAAAGCCACGAGGCACGGAAUCUUGGCUGACUUCUUCUUGGGAGCCUGGAGCCAGGGCACCAAGAAACUCAUCACCCUGCCACUGGUGGGGAAGCCCCUGAACCUGGACCGCAAGGUGGCCCCCCAGCCUUUGUGGUUCUCGGAAACUGUUGCAAACCUGCGGAAGCUGAAGGAGUUGCCCUAUCACCUGCUCCACUCGGGCCGCCUCGAGGAGCUGAAGCAGGAGGUGCUGGGCAGCAUGAGCUGGAUUUCCUGCCGAGGUGUCUCCGGGGGCAUCGAGAGCCUGUUGGACGAUUUUGACCUGUGUGCCCCUCACGUGGACUGCCCCGAGGUGGGCCUGGUCCGAGAAGCCCUCCAGCUGUGCCGCCCGGCCGUGGAGCUCCGGGGCCUGGAGAGGAGCAUCCUAUAUACAGAAAUCCUGGCCAGACUCCAUUUCUUCGCCACCUCGCAUCCGGCACUGGUGGGAGAGCUGUGCCAACAGGCCCAGCGCUGGUUCCGGGAGUGCCCACACCCUGUGCUGGUGCCUCUCGGAGGAUUCCUCCAGCCCCCAGGAGGACCCCUCCGGGCGACCCUCACUGGCUGUCACAAAGGCAUCACUGCUAUGGCGUGGAGCCUGGAAGAGAAGCUGCUGGUGGUUGGCACCCAGGAUGGCACCGUGGCGGUGUGGGACACGGAAGAGCAUCAGGCGAUCCACAUCCUAACUGGACACACAGGCGAGGUGAGGUGUGUGACCGUGUUUGCCAGAGGGACGCAGGCCAUCUCCGCCUCCAGGGACCGCACCCUGCGCUUGUGGCACCUACUCUCUGGCCAGGAGAAAUUCACCAUUUGGGAUGGAGGCUCAGAAGAUCCCGCUGUACCUCAGAGCCUUCAUGUGGACGAAGCAAGGAAGGUUGUGUACUCAGCAUCUGGCUCCAAGGUCAAUGCUUGGGAUCUGGAAACUGCGGAGCUGAUUUUCCAUAUCCGGGGAGAUGCCUCCGACCCCUGGAUCUGCACGGCAGCGCUGGCUUCCCAGGCCACGCUGCUGACCGUGUCUGAAGGCAGUGUGGUCAGUCUGUGGAGCUCAGCCACAGGAAAAGUGCGGGGGAAGCAACACUUGUCCAGCAUCAAAGAAGAAACACCUACCUGUGGGGUCUCAGUCCAGAAACCAGGACACAUGGUUGUUGGGUUCAGCAAGGGCUCCAUCUGUUUGGUUUCCUCUGAAGGAGACAGCCUGCUGGGGAAGCUUCCGGAAGCUGUGGGGUUCCUGGUCACUUCUGAAGAUGAUUCCCUUCUCGCCGCAGGCUUUGGAAGGUCCGUGCGGAUAUUCUUGGCCAACUCACAGGGGUUUCAUCGAUUCAUGGCCACUGACCUUGAACACGAGGACACAGUGGAGACAGCUGCUUUCGGUCCUGAGAACAACCUGAUUGUCACGGGGUCCCGGGAUGCACUCAUUCAGGUGUGGAGUCUGUCAGAACAGGGGACCCUGCUGGACAUCCUGGAAGGCGUUGGGGCCCCCGUGAGCCUGCUGGCCCAGGGUGGGGCUCUGGUGGCAUCCGCUUCCCAGCAGUCCUCAUCCUUCAAAGUCUGGGAUCUCACUUACAGUCAGAAGCCGCGAGCCUCCGCCCCGUUUCUGGACCGCACUGGCCUCACUGCUGUGUCCCACAAUGGACGCUACAUUUACUUCCCCAAAAUUGGGGACAAAAACAAAGUCACCAUCUGGGAUUUGGCAGAAGGUAAAGAACAAGAUGCCCUGGACACCUCCAAUGAGGUCAGGUGCCUGGAGGUCGCUGAGCAGGCCAAACUCCUUUUCACUGGCCUCGUUUCCGGCAUCGUCCUCGUGUUCCCGCUGAACUCCAGGCAGGAUGUGAUGUGCAUCCCCCCUCCAGAGGCCCGGAAAGCUGUCAACUGCAUGGCCCUGAGUAAGGGCGAGGAGCGCCUGGCCAUCGCCUAUGACAGCAUCGUCUUGGUGUUGGACAUUAACCCUGGGGACCCCUGUCCAGUCAUCGAUGGGCCAACCUACACCUUCUACACCCAGCUGCCUGUGACCAUAUCCAGCGUGGCCGUUCUGGCUGACUACCGUGUGAUUUACGGCAUGACCAGCGGCGACCUCUUCCUUUACGAGUGUGCGAAUUCCAAAGUGUUCCCUCUGGAGGCCCAUGGGAGCCGGGUCACCUGCGUGGACGUCAGCCACAAGGAGCAGCUGGCAGUAAGCGGGUCCGAGGAAGCCCUGCUAUGCCUCUGGGACCUGGAGGUGUGCAAGUGGAAGUUCGAGAUGAGUUACACGAACUCUUACUGUCAAGGAGUCCAAUGUGUUUGCUUCUCCAAGGAUGACAAGUAUGUGUACGCGGGCUUGAGGGAUCGCUCCGUAAUUGUCUGGAGUGUGCUGGAUGGCACCCUGCUGGCCAGCCAGUUUGUCCAUGCCAUAGUGAACAGAAUCAUCCCAACCGCCAAUGGCUUCAUUGCCCCCACCAGACAUGGCUAUCUCAUCCGUGAACGAUUCCAGUGCCCUUCAUCAAGAGCCUCACAACAGGACCCUCUCAAGAACUUCAAGAAGGCAGUGUGGAUGGUCAAAUCAAGGCAGAGAGAAGAGUUGGCUGCUGCUGCAGGGGCACUGCAGGACUCAGGAUUAGGGGGUGCCCAGAGAAAUGAAUGCAAAUCAAACAAACGCUCACAAGUCUGCCUGAUAGUGUAGAACCACCUGUGGGGGUAUGGGGCUCCAAUCUGGCUAAAGUGAAGAAAAUUAUGUAUUGAUGUAUAUCUGGACACAAGGCCUCAUAUCAUGGGACCCAGAUCUUGCUUCUCAACAUCUUUCCAUUCCUAUAUCCUCCUUGUGGGCUCUAUUUGCAGACCUGCCAUCCCUAGGUUAGCAACAUGGUAGCCAAUUCAGUAGGAAAGAGAGCUUCCCUUUCCCUGCAGUUUGAACUAAAAUCUUGGCCUUGAUUCUAUUGAUCUCAGUUGGCUCAUAUGCCCAUCCCAGAACCAAUCAAUUGUCUAAGAGAAUGUAGAACUGUGAUUAAACCAUACUGACCCAAUGACCCAACUGCCCACUUGGGCUGAGCAUGGAGUCAACACCAUCCAACUACGUGGACCUAGAAUGGGAGAAGCUAUUCCCAGGACAGAAACUGGGGCACUGGUACCAGGCAAAGUGGGGAUGGAUGGAUGUGAGACUGACCAACCACAGAUGUGGAUUACAAAGCUUUACAGUUUAUAAAGCACCAGGUGCUAUGGUCUGAUCCUUAUCACAGCCCAUACUUCAGGAAGGGCAUGAGUUUCUGCGUCCAUUGUACAGGUAAGGCAGCUGAGCCUCACUGUGAUUUGCUCAAGGUAACAGCCCUAGGUGCAGGAGCUCUGAGAAACAAGAACCAGGAGCCUUCCUGACCCAUCCUUCUUGUACCACCUGGCUCCAAUUUUAGUCUCACAAGUACAACUACCUAUUCCAUAGGUGGCACGCUGACAUGCCCACAGGGGCCAGUGAAAAAUCUUAAUGAUUAUCAUGCAUCUGGGAGAGGAGCCGAGAGUGGAGACAAUGGGAACAUGGAGGACAUAUGCUCAGUCUAGGGUGGGCGUGGGCACCUUGGCUGUACCUCAGAAUCUCCAUGAGGAAAGCAGUCUACUUUUGCCAGAGCUUUCUGUUGUCGGCAAAGUCAGAAGUCUUGACUUUUACGCAAAAUAUUCCCAUUUUUAAAAGUUGGUGAUUGCCUCAAAUUUACAUCUCCAGACACAUUUAGCCCAUGUUUCCCUAAUUCAUAAGCUGAUUUCAUGACCCAAGCUGGCAUUAAAACAAUAAACUCGUUAGAAUUCGUCCAUCUCUACCCUCUAGCUCCCAAACUUUGAGGAUAAAGAUGCUUUUUUAAAAUCUUAAAAACCGGAGGCUCUUGGAAGCAGACGGAAAAAGCUGCCAACAUCUCCCUGAUAUGCUUUUGGACCAUCUCUGCCCUGUGCAGGUUCAACAGCCCAACUGUUUCCAUUCCACUUCUGUGUCCGUAGUCUUCUAAAAGACCCACUUGGUUCUGGGGCUUUGGUUGAAGGAGAGGAGAGUCCAAAUCUUUAAGGUGCUAUUCCUUCUUCCUUCUGUGAUAUUCAGAAUUCCACAAAAAGUAAACUUAGAAAAACAGAAGCUUUUGAACUGGAUGUGACCUUACUGACUAUCUUGUUUAGUUGUUUCCAAGGAGGGGCUUUGGCAGUUCUGCAUAUAGCAUCAAAUUCCAUUAAAAAAUUUUUUAACUGUAGUUAUAAAAUGCAUGCUCAGUGCAUUGGGCAGCAAGGUUUUAAGGUGUUGGAGAUAACUACCUUAGGAUUCUCCUGCCAUCUCUGUUUAACUUAGAGCGCAAGGGGGACCCUGGAAAAAUUACUUACUCUUUGCCACCAGUUCUCUGUCAGUCAGGGAACAAAGUGGAUGUGUGACCAAGUAAGAUUUCUGGUUUAACAUGUACUAGUAUGUGUCCAUCUCAACAGCCUCAGUGAGAAUCAAUUGCCCUGUGGGUAAAUACUAAGUUAAAGAUAGAAAAGGAAUUUUUACUAAAAAAAAUGCUAUUACGAAUUGUUGCUCAUAUUGGAGGCUCUGCAGUGAGUUUUCACUUGAGAAAGAGUUUGGUUGCUGUGAAUGUUUGACAAGCGCUGUACUUGGAGGAGUGACUUACCUAAGGUCUCCCCGCUGUGGAGGAGUCAGGAUGAGAGUGGGGUUAUAGAAAUCCUCACGUUGUUCUCUUAUGCUAAGUAGGACCAUGUAAUGUAUCAUCCAAACGGGGAUACUUUUUGGGAGUAAAAAGGGAUGCUUUUACCAGUUAUUCCCAGAGUACUGGACUAAACUGGACUGUCCCAAGACUAUUGAAAUCUAUAAACCCUCUAGCUGUAGCAAGAGUUAAUUUGUUAAAUUCUAGAGACUUUUAAAACUUGAGAUAUAAGUGACAUAUGACAUAUUAGUUCCAGGUGUAGAACAUAUGAUUCAUUAUAUGUAUAUAUUGCAAAAUGAUCAUCACAAUAAGUCUAGUUA